CAUUGUCUAAGGUCUGACCCAGUCUCCAGUCUCUGGGGCUCUGGGGGGAUUUAUCGUCAUUCGGGGGGAGGAGCCCCGCAGCUCCCCAUGCUCCUCCUCCUGCUGCUCCUCCUCCUCCUGGUGCUCCUCCUCCUGCUCCUCCUCCCUCCUCCCGUCAGCAGCUCCUCACCUCCUGCUCCGGAGAGAGACGCGUCACGCUGCUGCGUGCUGAGGGCGGCGACUGUUUUCUGGUGUUUUUACCGAAUAUAAAGUGUUCCAGGCGGCGGGACAUGGCUCUGUGAACUCUGAUCCCACACUAUGAUGAUGAAUAUGGCUUAAUAUUAUAAUAAUACCGAGAGGAGCUGUGCAGCGGCUGGUUUUACUCACCAGAAACUAAUCCGGCCGCGCCGCGCCGCCGUCCGAAGGACACAAAAUAAUCCCUUAAACGCGUCAAAGCGCGCGUUAAAACGCGUAAAACACGUUUAAACGACGCGUAAAAACAACAGGACUCAUAGAGGAGUUCAGCUUUUACUCUAGUUCCCGUCUGGAGGUUUAACCUGAUCUAGAGGGCAGAAUGGACCGAGGCGGGUGCCAGAUGAGCGGCGGAGGCGGCGGCGGGCCCGAGCCGGCCGGGAUGAUCACCCUGGAGGACCUGGAGUCCUUCACCGAGGACCCGCUGUCCGACUCGGGCACCGGCAGCCUGGAGGACGGAGCGGAGACCAUGGAGGAGGACGAGCAGUCCGACCGGCUGCUGCAGUACUGGCAGGACGUGGCCAGAGGACACCAGGUGGAGGUGUCUCAAGAGAUGGCUCAGCCGAUCCAGCAGCUAACCAGUAACAACCAGGGUCGCAGUAACAGAGAACACAUCCCCUUCACCCUGCUCUCACGCAAAGAGAAGUGUGGGGAGCUGCUGUAUGAGAAGCGCCACUAUGAGAAAGGCCACUGGGCCUGCAUCACCAUGAGGGAGGACACGUACGAACAGAGCAUCUGCUACGGCUUCAUGAAGAUCAUGAGAUACAUCUGCCAGGAGAACUCCCUGGGUAACUACCUGGGCAUGACGCUGCCCAUCGUCACCGUGGUGCGCACCGACCAGAACCACUCCGUCAUCUCUCAUGAUGUCACCGUGGCGUACUUCCUCCCCGCGGAGCACCAGGCCACGCCCCCCCAGCCCCAGGACCAGGACAUCACCGUGGAGGUGUGGCCCGCCACCACCGUCUACACCAGGCCGUUCAGCGGGCCCACCAACGAGGUGGUGAUCAUGAACCAGUUCAACGCUCUGGCUGAGCAGCUGGAUUCUCCCUCAGCGUACGUCAACGACUCCUUCAUCGUGGCCGGAUACACCAACCCAGCUCACAUCAACCGCCAGAACGAGAUCUGGUUCCUAGAGCGACACUGAGGGACUCGAGAUCAAACUCUGAGACCCUCAAAGACUCCCUGAACACUGCCACAGAUCAGCCACAGACUCAGGUCCACUCCUGUCUUUAUACUGGGAAAAUAGGUCUAAAACCAGAUCAAACAGCAAAUCUGAAGGAAAUGAUCUCGCUGCAUGGACAGAUAAUUUACCUUGACAAGAUUUAUUAAAUUAAGAUUAUUAAAUCUAGAAAUAAGCAUGUUGAACACUUAUAAUCUCACACUUCUAAAUCUAAAGCUAUAUCUUUUGUACAAUUUUUUGUCUUUUUUGGUCAUUUUGUCAGCAAAAGAAGAUGACAAAAGACAGAAAAAAUGACCAAAAAAAGACACAAAAAAGACACAAAAAGACGUAAAAUGACCAAAAAAGAAACAAAACUUUACUUUAGUUUACAAAAAUUAACUCUUAAAACAAUAAUAAAACCAUAAAACCAGAAUGAAACCAAGAGAUUUCCUAAAUUAAGAUUAUUAAAUCUAGAAAUAAGCAUGUUGAACACUUAAAAUGAGAAAUUAACUCUUAAAACAAGAUAAAUGAUCUAACGCUUCUAAAUCUAAAGUUUUUUUUAUUUUGGUAAGAACCAAAUAAUUAUAAGGUCACUCUGCUUGGGCCACUUCAUCGUUUUCUAGAUUUAAUAAUCUUAAUUUAAUAAAUCUUGUCAAGGUAAAUUAUCUGUCCAUGCUAAAGAUCAUUUCCCUCAGAUUUACUGUUUGAUCUGGUUUUAGACCUUUUUAUCAGUGUAGUUAGUCUCCACCCUAUAAAUACCUCUGCCUGCACUAGCCUCAGUCAUAUUAACAUAGAUAAUCAGAAGCUAACCUUCCACUGCCAUAACUCACUGCCACAGCCAGAAGAAGAGAAAGUCUAGCAUGCAGCUUGCUCUCACAGCUACAAACCCUCAAACAGCCCUUUAGAUAAGAUAAUACUUAUUAUAGAUAAGAUUAUCUAUAAUAACAUAGAUAAAACACGGAGGAGUUUUAACUCUUCGUGCUCUCUGAACACUGACUGCUGCCAGAGACAUUUUCACAGCAGAAGCAGGUUCACACACUGUAAAAAGGUGUUUAAAAACCAGAUAAAACAGUAAAUCUGAGGAAAUGAUCUUGCUGCAUGGACAGAUAAUUUACCUUGACAAGAUUUAUUAAAUUAAGAUUAUUAAAUCACUUAAAAUAAGAUAAAUUAUCUAACACUUCUAAAUCUAAAACUGCUUGCAGCUUUAAUUUUAUCUCUUUUGUACAUUUUUACAAAGACACAAAAAGACCAAACAAAAGACGUAAAAUCACCAAAAAAACAACAAAAAAACAGACACACACACAAAAAAAACCCACCAAUAAAAAGACACAAAAAGUUUUAAAAAAUGUGUGUCUUUUUUUGGUGGGGGGUUUUUUGUGUGUCUUUUUGUUGUUGUUUUUUUAGUGAUUUUACGUCUUUUGUUUGUUUUUGUUUUGUGUCUUUUUUUUAUCGUUUUGUGUCUUUUUACAUCUUCUUUUGGUCACAAAAUGACCAAAAAAGACAAAAAAUGUACAAAAGAGAUCAAAUUAAAGCUGCAAGCA